UGAACGAAUCGGACGGGCGAAGAAAGACACUCGCGCAGAACAGAUACAGAUACUUUUCAUAAUUCAGAUUUUUUCUCUGCGCGAUAUUUUAUUUAUUUACCCUGCUCUGUGUCCGGUUAUGUAAGGGGUGUGUGUGAGAGCUCGGUGGGUGUACUGCGACCAAGCUUAGUUGGCGGGUGACCGUGAUGCAAGUGGGGACUUGAGAAAGUCAAGGUCGCCACCGCUCCACGCCCGUUUCCGCGGCUAGCAGCGUUACUGCAGCGGGGCCAUGUAGGCGCGUCGGCCAAAACAGAAGCAGAAGUGAAAAUCCAAUUGUCGAAUUGAGCAGUGAAGCAAAUCGGAAAUCUAAAUGGAAAUGGACGGCUGGGGGGCAACCUGCCCCAAGGAGGCCAACGCCACGGCGGUCGUUGGGUGGCAAGAAACCCUUCUGGAUCUUUGGCUAGACCUCUAUCCCAGCUACCUGCACUACGUCGAGCUUUUCGCAAACGAGGGUGGCAGGGCUCACUUGGUGGGCCGGCAUUUCGUGGCCACUCUCGCGCAGGACCAGGUCUUCAUGGGUGUGCUUCAGGGCAGUCUGCUGCUGCUCUUCCUCUUCUUGAUGCACCAGCUUCGGCUGUGGAGCUGGGGCAGUGCGCCGGAAACCCCGCCCAAUGCAACGCCCGAUGUGGCCAAGGAGCUAAGCUGUGACUUUAACUUUGUAUCCGAGCAAGAGAAGCGCGCAGCUCAAGAUGCAGCCACUGAAGCGCUGCUGGAAGUGGAGGAGAAGAAGAGGCGCAAGCGGUUUACCAAGAAGCGUAACUGCGUCUCUGCCGGGCCCAUCCUCAUUGCUCUUCGCCAGCAGUCCAAGAGACCCAAGCACCAUGGCCAAGCUGCUUUGCUUUUUGAGCCUGUAACACCCGGAGAAGUCAUCUUGGACACUUACUUGCCGCCCCGGGAGAAGCCUCUAACGAUUAAGCUACCCCCGGUGUUAUCCGAACCCGUAAAGGAGGAGGAGACUGAACUACUUGAGUUUAUAUCGGAGCCCCGUGGGACGCUGAGUACGACCGACGAGGUCUACCCGGAUUCAUCCGACAGCAGCCUCUACGUAUCGGACGAGGAGCAGGAAGACGCCUCUCAGUAUUGCCGUGGUGGUUACCAUCCUGUGGUCAUAGGAGACAUAUUCGACAAUCGGUUUCGCGUGGUGCGCAAACUAGGAUGGGGUCACUUCUCCACCGUCUGGCUGUGCCGCGACCUCAAAGACGAGAAGUACGUCGCUCUUAAGGUGGUGAAGAGUGCCCCGCACUAUAUAGAGACGGCAGCGGACGAGAUCCGACUGUUGGAGGCGAUCCGCGACGCUGACCCGCUGGACGUUAAGCGGGAGCGAAUCGUGCGGCUGAUGAACCACUUCACUGUACGCGGCGUGAACGGGAUGCACACGUGCCUGGUCUUCGAAGCCCUGGGCUGCAGCCUGUACAAGCUCAUCGUGAAGAAUAACUACCAGGGUCUGGCCAUCGCCCAGGUGCGCAACAUUAUCCGGCAGGUGCUCGAAGGACUGGACUACCUGCACGGCAAGUGCAGCAUUAUCCACACGGACAUCAAGCCGGAAAACAUCCUACUUGUAAUCGACAACGCCGCGGCGAUGAAUCAGCAAAUCGACGACGAGAUCAAUAGUCUGCGGGUGAAGGGAGCUGACUUCCCCGACUCGUAUAUCAGCUCCAUCGAGAAGCAAACAAAGUCGCGUGCCAAGUGGCCGCUGAUCGAACCGAAUGGAUCGACCAACACCAACACGAGUAACAGCACAGCGAACAACUCAACUUCGUCGACGCCACUGGCCGCCUUAAUCAUUACAUCGCUGGACAAGGAGGACACCACCACCCCCUCGUCCACGCUCAACUCGAACACCACCUCCUCGCUCGCCUCUAAAUACUCGAGCUUGCUGGGCGACAGCGAGUGCAACGGUGGCCUUGGCGGCGGGGGCGGGCUCGUUAGCGGCGUCGACAGUCCCGUCCUCGGUGGACCCGCUAACCUGAACAAUCGCUACCGAGCCGAGAAGAAAAUCACUGCCAAGCAGUCUUCCAUCGAACUAGAGGACGACGCCGGGUCCGAUACGCAGUGGGAGCAGAGCACUCUGGCCAGCGACACGCCCACCGAUCCCGAGCCCGUGGCCAGUCCCAGCGCGCUCCCGGAGAAGCUGCCCACCCCCAACAACUCCUGCCCCUCGAUCAAAACGAACACCAACAACACCUUGCCCAACUCAAAUACUCCGAGCACGUGCACGACCUUGCCCAACGACCACACCAGCAACUUCACCAACACGAGCACCAACAGCGAGGCAACGUCCACUUCCGCCCUUCCAACUGCAACUCCUGCCUCCACAUCCACACCCGCCUCCGCCUUUGCAUCUGCCACGCCCCCUAGCACCCGCACGUACUCGUUCACGCAUCUAGCGUCAACAACAACAGCUCCAGCUACCACUACAACGACAGCCGCAAGCACUGAGUUGUAUAAUGGCGAUCAUACAACAACUAGCACAUCAACAACAGCCGCAAAUGCGAUCUCCACCGCGCCAACAACAAUUACAACAACAACCACAUCAGCAACCGCAACUGCUAAACUAAAUGUCCAUGCCAAUACCAUUCCUUCGCAGAACCAGAGUCAGAGUAGCCAGACUAAUACCUAUACGAUACAAUCGCUCAUCAACAACAGCAACGUCCGGGUGAAGAUCGCCGACCUGGGCAACGCCUGCUACGACUACCAUCACUUCACCGAGGACAUUCAGACCCGCCAGUACCGUUCGAUCGAGGUGCUGCUGGGAGCGCCGUACAACUAUACCGCCGACAUCUGGAGCACCGCCUGUUUGGCCUUCGAGCUGGCCACGGGUGAUUAUCUAUUUGACCCGCACGCUGGUGAAUCUUACAGUCGCGACGAAGAUCACUUGGCGCAUAUCGUCGAGCUGCUGGGCUCCAUACCGCAGUCAGUGAUCCUGCGGGGCAAGCAUGGACUCAAGUACUUCACCAGCUAUGGCAGCCUGAGAAAUAUCACCAAGCUCAAACCUUGGAGUCUGAUGAACGUGCUGGUGGAGAAGUACGACUGGGAUCCGGUGGAGGCCAAGAAGUUCUCCGACUUUCUUCUGCCAAUGCUUGAAUAUAAUCCAGUCAUACGCGCCUCGGCGGCAGAGUGUCUGCAGCACCCGUGGCUGGAGCAGGAGGAGUUCGUCUAAUAGGGGACGUAGCGCUGCUAGGUAGACAGCACUCUUAAAUAAAGUAGGCUUAACUUUUAUAUGCGAACCAGUUUGUAAUAAACAGGCACUUCAGAGGAAGAUCGGGAAAAGGAAUCUUAGCACUAAAGGACUCGAUAGAUACCAUACCCUAUAAACAUACAAUAUGUAUCGGGACGUUUACGCGUGGAAUUUUUUAAGCUUUUUAAUUUAAAAACACGAUUUUGUACUUGAGAGCUUUAAAAUGUAAUUGCUGAAGAGGCAAUUUUAUUUUUACCGGUAAAUCAAAGGCGGGAAGUUACGAAAAAUAAAAUGUUUUUCAAGUUUUAUUUGGACUACGUGCACAUAAGUUAAUACAAACAUAUAUAUAUUUUAUGAUAUGAGAAUCAAGUGAAACAAAAACAAAAGACAAUGACGACAAUUUUGAAGUCAACAGAUGCCUAAACUGACUGACUGAAAGAAUAACAUUUUCGUGCGAAACCAAUUAAUUCAAAUCCAAACGAAUGAAACGGGCUAAAUAAAUAUAACUAGCAACAUAUUCAGCUGCACAUAAUUAAAGAUAUCUUCUAUAGAUCCAAUAAAAUGAUAUGUGUAUAAUUAAACAAACCUAAUUGUAGAUAUUGAUAAUUUUCAACACGGAUACAAAUCAGAAGUAAACACAGAUGGAAAUUCAAAUACCGACAGCUUUCUAGCAGCGUGUAGUGAUUAUGGUACAUUUAACCAAAACAAUUAUUGUAGACCCCUAAGGCUAUGUUAAACGCGAGCAGAUUAUACAAAUACAUAUUGUUACCUUUCUGUCCGA